AUGGUAGACACACAGCAUUUUUGUUUACGAUGGAACAACUAUCAAAGCAGUAUAACAUCUGCUUUUGAAAAUCUACGAGAUGAUGAAGACUUUGUCGAUGUGACACUUGCUUGCGAUGGACGAAGCCUCAAAGCACACCGCGUCGUCCUGUCAGCAUGCAGUCCCUACUUUAGAGAACUGCUCAAGAGUACGCCCUGCAAGCAUCCCGUAAUAGUACUUCAGGAUGUAGCAUUCACAGAUCUCCAUGCGCUCGUGGAGUUCAUUUACCACGGCGAGGUGAAUGUUCAUCAACGAUCGCUUAGCUCUUUUUUGAAAACCGCAGAAGUGCUGAGAGUGUCUGGACUGACACAACAACAGGCUGACGAAACUCAUAAUUUAGCACAAGUACAAACACCCACGGGCUCUGACAGCCGAACACCAGUAGGUCAUCACCAUCCCAGUUAUACGGACAAAUUAGUAGAGGAUGCAUUGUUUGCCCAAAACGUGCCGCCUUCGUCACAUUUGAAUAAUCUUCACCACUCUCCUGCAGCGCACGGCGGAUCCACAGUAAACCAAUUACUUAGGAGAGCGGCAGCCGCAGCCGCGUUACGACGCGAGCGAAACAAUUCCAAUCAAUCUGAUGAGCUUUCACUAAAACGCCAUCGAAUGUCAACAGAGAACAAUAUGCUGGGCAAUAAUAACAACUUAGAUGUAGCGAGUCACAUGCCGCAAAUUACUGCAACGGAUUUUUCCACAACUAUGAAGACAAACAGCAGUACUCCGCUCUCUCCGCAUAUUAAAGAACAACAUCGACAUGAGAGCAAUAAAACACCCAAUGGUAACAAUAAUAACAGUAUAAAUAUCAACAACAAUACGAACAAUUUGAAUAAUAACAACAGCAACAACAAUCUAAACACUCAUAGUAAAGAGAACCCAUCCUCAGAGCCGUUGACCGGCAGUCUGGGCAGUAUAGCCACCAACGGAGGAAGUUUAGGUUCGAAUACCGACAAAGAAAGCCUUACUCCAUCACCGUCUGUACGCUCCAAUGACGAUGUUAAAUCGGAACCCAUGGAGUUAGUGUGCAGUUCCAACGUUGAACAUGAAAACAGUUCCGAUUCAAUCAUCGAUGAGCCACAUGGCAUCCAGCAUCCAGCAGAUAUUAAGAGAUCAAUCAGCUCUCCUCAUGAGGAUGAAAUGGAUAACAGCAUACAUUCCCACACGGCUCCUCCCUUCUUGAUAUCACCUGGAGAUAACAAAUUAUUUGCGCCGCCAGGAUCAUUCAAUUUCUCCAUGGCUGCACUUGCGGCGGACCCAACAGCCCUUGCAGGAUUCAACACGCAGGCACUUCAAGCUGCAGAACUUGCUGGUUCGCCACAAGGUAUGAGCUCGGGACGACCAUCAUCUCCAUCGGACAUGAAUCACGGCAACAGCAGUGGAGUGAACAGGUUGACACUACCGCUACCGCUAACUGCGUGCCAUCGCUGUGACGUUUGCGGUAAAUUGUUAAGUACAAAACUGACUCUCAAGCGGCAUAAGGAGCAACAACAUCUUCAACCGCUGAACAAUGCUGUAUGCAAUCUAUGCCACAAGGUUUUUCGCACUCUAAACAGUCUAAAUAACCACAAGAGCAUUUACCACCGCAGACAAAAACUGCUUCACCAUCACCACCAGCAUCACAGCCAACAUCCGUUUGCAUCAGUAGCUGCUGCUGCAGCAGCAGCUGGUGCAGCCAGUCCGCUUCAUCAUCCAUCGCCGCAUAUUUUGCUGGGCGACACAAGCGGUGCUGGCUGUGAUCUAAAGCAUAAUAUGGCGAAAUUGGAAUUUCUCUAA